CUAUCUUCUCUCAAUAAACAAAAAGCCAUCCAUCCAUAAAGUCCGUCUCAAUCCUGUGGUUUUCAAUACAUUUGCCGUACUUCUGCGCUCUCUCUCUCUCCUCUCUCCGUCCACCCUUUCUCUCUCUUCCUGUCCUGUUUUCGAUAAUCGACCCCCCAACACUGUAAACUCGAAGGACAAAAAGCCUCUUCAGGAUUUCAAAACCCUAGCCAUUUCAAUCCAUUUCCUUCCUCUACCCCCUCAAUGUGACCGCGCUCUCUCUCUACACGCACAUAUAUACACCAAUUUAUGUGCAGGUUUAUUCAGCAGCAUUAGGGGCAAUCAUGAACAACGAAGAAGAAAAGAAAUGUCCUUUAUGCGCCGAAGAGAUGGACUGGACGGAUCAGCAAUUGAAACCCUGCAAAUGUGGCUAUGAGGUUUGUGUUUGGUGUUGGCACCACAUAAUGGAAAUGGCAGAGAAAGAUGAGACUGAAGGGCGAUGUCCUGCGUGCCGAACUCCUUAUGACAAGGAACGAGUUGUAGGGAUGGAAGCAAAUUGUAAAAGGGUGGUGGCAACAAAGAAAGAUAAAAAAAAUAAGCCACAGAAGGCAAAGCCAAAAAAGCUUGAAGUAAGUAACGACCUAAGUGGUGUUAGAGUGAUCCAGCGGAAAAUGGCAUACGUAAUUGGGCUUCCCCUUAGUCUAGCUGAUGAAAAUCUUCUACGGCGGAAGGAGUUUUUCGGCCAGUAUGGAAAAGUUUCAAAGGUUUCCCUAUCUCGGACGGCCGGUGGGGCUAUUCAGCAAUUUAUUAACGAAACUUGUAGUGUAUACGUUACUUAUUCGAAAGAGGAGGAGGCCAUUCGGUGUAUUCAAUCAAUUCAUGGUUUUGUUUUGGAAGGUAGGUUUUUAAGAGCAUCUUUUGGAACUGCUAAGUAUUGCCAUGCAUGGUUGAGAAACUUGCCUUGUACCAAUGCUGCUUGUUUAUACUUGCAUAGCAUUGGCGCUGAAGAAGAUAGUUUCAGUAAAGAUGAAGAAGCUGCAGUUCAUACAAGAAAUAGAGUUCACCAAAUAGUGGGUGCCACACAUAAUAUGCAACGGCGCUCGGGGAAUAUGUUGCCUCCCCCACUUGAUGAUCCCUUAAAUGGCAAUGGAGUUGCUACUGACAAUGCAAUAGUCGGAAGUGCCCUAAAAGACACUGCCCAUGUGGCACUAAUUUCCAACGGCCACUUGAAUUGUUCGCUUUCAUCUAAAGAUAGGGAUGGACGCAUUAAGACACCUAACAAAACUUUUGUGGAUAUUGUCGGAGGCUCUAGUUGUGUUCCAGAAAGAGAUGGUAGGGUUGCUGAAGAUAUUAAGAUACUGAACUUGUGCUCUGACUUCUCUUCAGUAGCCAUUGAAGAAGCCAAUCAUCUGGAGACUGAAUACUCUGAUUCUAUGUUUAAGAAGGCUUCAUCUUCGUCUCACCUGCCCAUUGAGUUACCUGGAGAUAAAGAUUCUCAGGAAUAUUUCGUCAAACCAUUUAGAGAAUCUUCAAAAUUUUCAGUGUUUGAGAGACCUUAUUUUCCACCGAGUGAUGCAUGCAUAGGAAAUGGACAUUCUUUUUUAAUGUCUGAUUCUGAAAGACAAGUUUUGCCUGGUUCAUGCAGUGAAGUGCGGGAAGAUUUUCUAUCUUUUGAUGAUCAGAGAUCAAAGGGUUCUGACAGCUUAAGUCAGGGGUCUUCUGUUCUUUCUUCGUCUUAUCCUAUUAGGAUUCCUGACCGUUCUAAUGAUCAUGCUCAGCAUCGUAAAGAAACUCAUACUUUUAGCGAUUGCAAUAUGGAGCGGAGAACUGUACAUAAUCAUGUUGAUGAUGCUUCUAUACCAUUUACAUAUGCAAAUUCUGCAUUGAUUGAUGGAUACAAUGAGAGGAACUUCCAAAGUUCUACUGAACUUGAUAGAAAUUUGAGAUCUUCUAAUUCAUUUUCCAAUGAGGAAAUAGUGGAACACUUGAGAAGGCUUGACGGUAAUGACAUUGCCAAUGACAAUGACACCUCUGCAUUGGAUGUGGUUGAAAGCAGUAUAAUCUCAAAUAUCUUGUCAAUGGACUUUGACUCCUGUGAUGAUUCCUUGACCUCGUCUCACAGCUUAGCUGAAUUGUUGGACGGAACUGGUGGGCGGCGUGGGUCUUGGAAUUUUCGUAAUAGUGAAGAAUCAAGGUUCUCAUUUGCCAAAAAAGGAAAUUCUGUGAAUCAAGAACCUGAUUUGGACUCAUCAUUCAGUAGCAUUGGUCAGGCGUCAAAGAAAUAUUCCUCCCUACCAGAUUCCAUGGAAAAGGAGGAACACUACUUAUGGGGACCUCAGAAUCAUGUGUCCACGGCUCAAAGUUUGAUUCCACCAGGAUUUUCAGUUCCAUCCAGAGAACCACCUCCUGGUUUUCCGCCACGUGAUAGAACACACCAAGCUCUGAGUGUCACCUCUGGGAAUCAUUUGGUCAAGACCUCUUCAUUGCCAAACAGUCAGUACCUUGUGGGGUCCAUGACAAAUAUUACCAACAAUCAUGAUUUCGAUUUUGUCGAUCCUGCUAUAAUGGUUGUUGGGAGGGGUAAAUCAACAAACAUAAUGAGUAGUAACUCAAGCUUUGAAGCAAGACCCAGUCCUACUCCACAGACCUACGAAGACGAGGCAAGACUUUGGCUCCUGAUGCAACAAUCUGCAUCCGCUACACAUCAGGACCCUACAUUUCCUUCAACCUUUGUGCAAGAGGCUCCAACUGCUCAUCAGGGCCUCAUAUGCCCAGGUCAAAUUGGAAACGGCUUUUCUCCCAUGGGCGAUACUUUUGGGCUUACUUCAAUGCUAAUGGAUCCUCACCAUUCUUAUAAUCCCUCUCCUGUUCCACAGUUGUGUCAGCAGAAAUACAGUAAUGGACACAUGUCAAAUAGUUAUGGUGGGGUAGGUUUGAAUGAGGCCAGACUAAGAAACGAAAUGGGCACGGCAGAGAUUCAGAGAAAUGAGAGAUUAGGAUUGAACAAGUUUUUCCCAGGGUACGGCGGGGAUUUAAUGUUGCAGAUGCCCAGCACGGGUGAUGUAUACAAUCGGGUGUAUGGGUUGUGAAAAAUGCUUAUUUCUUUGUUUGAAAGUGAAUGUAAUGGCAGUGUAGUAAUAUUUCUGGUUGUCAAGAUUACCCCCUUGGUGUAACUAACUGUUUGUGCAAGGCAAUCAAAGUGGGUUAAUAUGAUCGCAUAUUAUCGUCA